AUGACGCCUUUCGCGAAUUCUGUUAACAGUUAAUAUUCGCGCGUCGAACGCGCUGGACCGAUCCAGCAUGUUCAAAAUAUUCAAACGAAAAGGCGGGAAGGCCGAGCGCGAAGCCCCGCGGAAACUGCCGAGCGACGUCGGCGCCCCCGAGCACACCUCAGUCGACUCUCGGUCGCCCGAGAAUAGCCCAACGAACGACACGCUCAGAAAAGAUGUAGUGAACCUACUCAUACCCGAAACGAAUUACAAUCAGAAGUCGGGCGUCGGCGCCAUCUUUGAAAUCAUGGCGGGGAAACGAAAGAAAAACAAAAGAAAAACCGCGCGUGCGGAGUCUUGCCGCGUGAGCCCGCAGAAAGAGACGCCCUGCAAUUUGCAACGAAGCUUGUCCGAUUGCGAUCCGAAGCUGAAAGAUGACGUCGUAGCCAGAAAUACUCCGGCUCAGUCGACUGACGCAGAUCCCGCGGAGUUCGUGAAGGCGCUCGUCCUGCAAAAGUACGCCCGUCCCGAGAAACACGUGUCGCUUGUGUACGUGUCCGACGCGCCCGAUGACUCGGAGAAGCGCCACGCCGAGGCACUGCUGCGGGAGAUCGCGCGCAGCAUAGACUGCACCAUCGAUGAGAUCAAGGACAUGGGAGCCAACGACAGCAAACAGCAUGUCUACGAAACCGUCGACGAUACACACAAAACAAACAAUAACAACUACAAAGCCGAGCUCCAAGGUGAACUGGAGAAACUUCUGGAAAAAGAAAACGAUAAAGUGAGCUUAGAUUCUAAAGAUGAAGAGUCGCCUGCAUUUAAAAAGAAGUCGAAUUUAAAACUGCCCAAAUCUGACACUGAAGGAUGCUCAGACGAUGACAGGUCCGAUUGCGGAAAAAAGCGCGUCACAUUUCGAAAACAUAUCAUUUUCGAUGAUGGUGAACAGCAGACCGAUGACGAUAACUCAUCCUUUGAAUCUCUAACAUCAGAAGAAGACGAGGAAUAUCUAGAAGAUUCUCUGCCAGACAAUGACGAACUUCUAGGCGGUGUAGUUGUAUCAAGAAACGAAAAUGAAAAUAAAACAAUAAUAAACAUUAACGAAAACGAAGAACCAUUAACUAUUAAAGUUGUGGACGAACUCAAAAGAAUAUCUAGUGAUAACAGUGACAGUGGAUUCAUAGAUAGUGAUAAGCAGGAUGACGAGACUAGUGUAGUGAAAAGUGAAAGUGAAAGUGAGAGUGAGGGCGAGGUCAGUGAGAGUGAAGAAGAAAUAAUAGAGAUAAUAGAAGAAGAAGAAGAAGAAGUUAGCGUAGAGUUUGACGACACAGAAGAUGCAGAAGAUGACAAGAAAACCCUGGUGUCCCAGGAAAGCAAGUUCCAGACGCAGGUGGCGACGCUAGCGGAACUAGCGGACACUCGCAGUGGCGAAGCGGAGCGGGCGCGGGACCUCAUAGCGGCUUACAGAAAGGAGAUAGAACAUAGAGACCAGGAAAUCGAACAAUUAAAAUGCUCCCUAGCGUCAGCAUACAAGGAAUCCGAGCUGGUGAGACAACGCAGCCGCUCUUUGGAGGAGGAGCUGGGGGCAGCUAGAAGCUGUUCUGCAGACUUGGCUGACCAGCUACAGAGGCGGAACGAUGAAUCUCUCCGUCAGCUCCGAGCAGAAUUGGAAGACGCGCUCACACGGCGAGCAGAGCUCGAGUCGCGCGUGCUCGCGCUCGAGCGAGACCGCGAGCGACUCGAGCAGGAGAAGGUGCUGAGCGAGCAGAAGGCACAGGAGGCUAUAGCAGCAGCCGAAGCUAGCACAGCAAAAUGGCGCGCGGCGCACGAAGCAGCGCGCUCCCAGGCAGCGGCGCGAGCAGAACUCAUGCUAGCCGACUGCGAGUGGAAGAUGAGAGAGUUGGAGAAACGGGCCAGGGAAGAGGAGAAACAGAAAAAGCAGCUGGCAGCAACAGUAGAAGAACUCAAAGCUGCUCCUCUCAUCCCCGCCCACCUGGCCGAGCUGACCCAACUCCGAGGCCUCGCCUCCGAGCAGCAGCGAUCAGUGGAAGCCCUGACCUUGCAGCUGCAGAAGGUGGAAACCAGGGAAGAGGCGCUGAAGCUGGAGGUGCACCGGCUUAAGGAGCUCCUGGACCGGGAGAUCAGGAUUAAGGAGGAUAAAGAACAGAGACAUCAUCAGACAAUCCAACGCCUCGAGCAGCAGCACAGCAAAGCCGUGGAGAUCCUUCGCUCAGAGCACGCCACAUCAGCCGCCAUGGCGCGCGCCGCGCUUGAGCGCUCGCACGCCGAACGCACGCGCGCCGCGCUCGCACAGCUGCGAGCGGAAGCGGAGAAAGAUGGCCGCAACGCUGACCGGAAGCUUAGAGAAGUCACUACUAAGUUCGAGAGUCUAAAAGAAGAGAUGGCGACCAAACAAUCGGAGUACGAGACGGCCAUAGCCCAGGCCAACAGCAAGGCGGACUGGGACGUCAUGCAGCUGCGCCAUCUACUUGACCGGGCCGACAUGACGCACGCCAAGACUGUAGAGCGGCUGCAGGAGAAAUUCGAUCAGGAGAAAGAAACCCUGAUAGCAGAAUGGACCGAAAAACUCCGCCUCGUAGAGACGGAGGCUGCCACAGCCGCUGGAGAAGCCAAACAGCUUCUAGACGCUACUAGAAGUAGCCUCAUCGCCGAGAAAAACGACCUGCUGAACAAGAUGAGGGAUCAGCACCGACGGGAGAUGGACGAGCAAUGGGAGCAAUUCAUGUCAGACAAGGAGAGCUGCCUCGAACGUAUGAAGGCAGAGUGCCGUCAGGAGGGCGAGGAGGACCGCGUCCAGAGAGAGAAGGAGCUGCUGGAGGAAAUCGCGGAAUUGAAGUCUCAAAUUCAAUCGAAAAAUGUGGAUUUCGAUACUCUGUCGGACAAGGCGGCGCAGUGCGGGCGCACCCUCGAGGUCACUGAGCAAGAACUCAGAGAGGCACUGUCGAGAGAGAGGGGCCUGCGAGAGAAGAGGGCGGAGGAUGCGACGAAGAUGAAGCAAUUGGAACGCGCGUCGAAGGACCAAAUUGAACAUCUUCAGAGGAAAUGCGCUUGUUUGAGGAAACUUUUCGACGACAUACGCACGCGACUGUCGGCGAAGGAGCGCUUGGCGGAGCAGGAGGCCAAGGCUAAGGAAAAAGAGCUGCAUCAACUCAGGGCCGAAGUGGCCCGGCUCACCAAGAUACUGGUCGAAGAGAGCUCGCCAAAGCUCGAAGCACGCACUAUGGCGGAUGGCUGCGAGACGGAGCCCGGAAACGAGACUUUUUUAGCCGCUGCCGCGCCUCGAGCAUGUGAGACGCAACCGAACGCGCCUCGGCGAAAGGGGGGAACCCUCCGCACCCCCGAAUUCCCCCGCAAACGCCUGACGCUCCCCGAGCUGGCGCCGCUGCCGCCCGAGGCGCGCCGCUCCGCCAUCGAGAUUCAAAAUGGCCGCCGCCGCGCGCGCAGCGUCGACCUGCCCGCCGUCCAGGUGCCCGUGCGCAUCAAGCAACUCGAGGAGAAGAAUAGGGAUUGACUUUAUAACAGGA